AUGGAUUCAGGAACCUCCCAUCCAGACCCUUCUUGUCAAACACUGGACCCCCCUACUGGGCCACAGAGCACCAUUGAUGAAAGGACAUCAGAAUCAGAACCAAAUAAAAAUGAGCGGACCCCCAGUCAAUCAGACAGCAAUUCCAGUAACCACACCGAAGAAUCAGCUCAGAAGGUGGAAGCACCCAGGAAGAGGAAACACUCUUCCAGGGACUCCAGCCAGGUCAGGACAGGUAACGAGGGCAGCUCCCACGGGAAAAAGAGACACAAGACUUCGGAAACAAAGGCUGAGCCAAAAGCCAAUGGACACCAAGAUGGAUUAUCCCAUCGCCCUCAGCACACAGACCCAUUACCAAUUCGGAAGAACCUGGUGAGCUUUCUGCGGGAGAAGUCUGAGGAGAUUUAUAGAGACACAGUCCAGAUGCAGGCCCAGCAGCAUGGUUCCCUGCUCAGCCCUGAGCAGCUCUCUCAGCUCAGCCAGCUCUCAGGUUCUCUGACUGCCGUGGUGCACAGGUUCUACAGCAUGGCCACCCAGGCAGGCUUUGCCUUCCCUGCUGAGGGCUGGCUUGUCCCAGGCACCAUGCCUGCCCCUCAGGAGCUGUCUGGCAAGGAACCUCAGAGUCCUUUGGUGGAGGGAGGAGAGAAGACCACAGACUCUGCCAGCCCAUCAAGUCCUGACAAGACAAGUCCUGAGCCAAGACCAUGA